UGACAUUUUGUGUGGGAAUUCAAAUGUGAUUGUGUUAUAAAAAUAAUUAAAUCUUGCUUAAAGCAUGUCAGGAAAAAGGAAAAAAGUUACUGUGACCAUGGAGAAGAAGCUAGAAGCACUAUUCCGAAUCGAUAAAGGUGAGCCAUUGAAAAGUGUUGCUAUUGAUUUAGGGGUGGGCACAUCAACUGUUUCUGAUUGGAAAAAGAACAGAAAGGAGAUUGAAGAUUUUUGUGCUAAGAUGGUUUCUAGAGAUAGUUUAGGUAAUAGGGGAACAAUUAAAAAAGCAAAGAAUGUAACACUGGAUGAUGCACUGUAUGUAUGGUACAUUCAAGAACGUGAAAAUGGCGUACCAGUGUCAGGACCUAUUCUUAGAAAAAAAGCUCUUAGCCUUAACAAGAAACUAGGUGGUGAUCCUACUUUUACAGCAAGUGUAGGAUGGUUAGGUAGAUGGAAAGCCCGUCAUGGAAUAAGACUGACUCUCUGUAGUGAAAGUUUAUUAGAAGAUGCUGUAACUAAUGAUACCUCAGAUCGAUUAAUAUUAGAAGAUGACAUUGUGACUGUGUGUUUAUCUACUCAAGAUGAAGAGGAUAUUCAAAACUCAUUUAAUGACAGAUGUCAUCAAGAAGCAACUAAUGUGAAUCAUUUUGAAGCAACAGAGAUGUUGGAGAAACUUAUAACCUACUUUGAGCAACAAAGUGAUACCUUGGAUAAUGAUUUAGUGAGCUUAAGAAAUUUACAUGAACGUGUAUCAAAGAAAUAUUUAUUAACAAUAAAAGAGGAAAACACUAGUGAUUUUGUUAAAUAA